CGGUGGACGGUCUUGAGGUCCUCAAAGAUGGAAAAUGGAUCAAGAUUCCCGCCAUUCCUCAUGCUUUUCUAGUCAACAUAGGCGAUCAGUUGGAGAUAAUGAGCAAUGGAAUAUUCAAGAGCCCGGUGCAUCGAGCUGUCACGAAUUCGGAGAAGGAGAGGAUGUCUGUGGCCAUGUUCUAUGCGCCGGAAAUGGAGAAAGAGAUUGGGCCCGCAGAUGGAUUGGUUGACAAUGGAUGGUCCACAUUGUACCAGAAGAUGAAGGUGAAAGAAUACAUUGACCUCUAUGAUCAAUACUACUCACAAGGAAAGCGGGCCAUUGAUGCGGCCAAUGUUUGAUUGUUCAGAAUAAUGGCAUUUUUAGAUCAUGUAGUGUAGUUGUUCGGAGAGAGGGUGCGUUUAGUAGUAAUUUAUAAGUUUGGAUCUAUGGCCCAGAUUCAUGCUCCCCUGAUUAAGUGGGCCCACGUUGGGUCCCUUAGGUUGG